CUCUCUCUCUCUCUCUCCCACACACACGUCCUGUUCAGUCACACGCGCACACAACGGGACAAUCGAGAAGACGGAGGUCCGCUACAGCUAACCGUUAACUCCACAUUUUACACCAAAAAAAGGGUAACCAUGGGGAAGGGAUGCAUCACAGCAACCAAGUACUUCCUGUUCCUGUUCAACCUCAUCUUCUUUAUCUGUGGAGUGUUGAUCAUGAGCUUUGGACUGUGGGUCCUUCUGGAUAACCAGAGCUUUAUCGCUGUUCUGCAGGAGUCCUCCACCACUCUGAAAGUGGCGUCCUAUAUUCUGAUCACUGUGGGUUCUCUCUCCAUGGUUAUGGGCUUCCUGGGCUGUAUAGGAGCCAUCUACGAGAUACGCUGCCUGCUGGGCCUGUACUUCACCUGCCUCCUGCUCAUCCUCAUCGCCCAGGUUACGGCUGGCGUGCUCAUCUACUUCCAGAGAGACAGACUGCAACAGGAGAUGUCCACCAUCGUCAAGGGGAUGCUGGUCAACUACACUGGUCAGAACAGGACCACAGAACAUUCCUGGGACUAUGUGCAGAGGACGAUGAAGUGUUGUGGCUGGGUGUCUCCAGGUAACUGGUUGGAGAACGUGUGGAUCAAGAACAGUUCUGUCUCGUUGUACCCCUGCUCCUGUCGGAAUGAAACCCUGCCUGGGACAGACAUGAAUGAGACUGGGCUCUGUGAACACUUGUCUGCUGACCGGCCAGUAUACCAAACGGGCUGCAUGCAUAGUGUGGAGGCCUGGCUGUUGGAGAACUGUGGAGUUAUUCUUGGAAUCUGUGUCGGGGUGGCCGUCCUAGAGCUCCUCGGUAUGAUUCUGUCCAUGUGUCUCUGUAAGAGUGUUGUCCAGGAGGAUUACACCAAAGUUCCCAAGUACUGACUAUGAAGACCAGCAAAAGUCAUGCACACCGACACACAGACACACACACACACACAUGCAUAGCAUAGACACACUCUCACAGUGAAACACAGAAACAAACAACUGUCUGAUACCAUUCACCCUCUCCUAGCCUGGUAACUGACCCAGUCUGAUACCAUUCACCCUCUCCUAGCCUGGUAACUGACCCAGUCUGUCACCCCUGUCUGAAACCAUUCACACAUCGCUGUUGUCUUCAUUAUUUUUUAAAGCCAUUAUGAUGCCAGGUUUUAUGCCCUUCAGUAUUCAAACAAACACCUGUAUGUCCUUCUGUUCUAUCCUUGAAGCGCUUACCGUGGUAUUUAGUUAGCUCAGUCUUUGUAAGAGCACUUUAGUGACGUUUUGAGAGAGAGAGAGAGAGAGAGAGAGAGAGAGAGAGAGAGAGAGAGAGAGAGAGAGAGAG